AUGUUGGGAGGAGGCUGUGGAGACCUCCGGGAAGAACCACUGGCGACCUGGGGCUCAGGACCCAGGAGCAUGGGGCUCGAGACCGCUGGCCAGCCAUCCGUGACCCUGCUGCCCACACCCAACUCGAGUGGCCUGGGUGAGGAAUUUGAAGGGCCCUGGCCAGAGAGGUCACCGUGUGUGGCUGGUAUCAUCCCUGUCAUCUACUACAGUGUCCUGCUGGGCCUGGGGCUGCCUGUCAACCUCCUGACCACAGUGGCCUUGGCCCGGCUUGCCACCAGGACCAGGAAGCCUUCUUACUACUACCUCCUGGCGCUCACGGCCUCGGAUAUCGUCACCCAGGUGGUCAUCGUGUUUGUGGGCUUCCUCCUGCAGGGCGCCGUGCUGGCCCGCAGGGUCCCCCAGGCUGUGGUGCGCACGGCCAACAUCCUGGAGUUCGCUGCCAACCACGCCUCCGUAUGGAUCGCUGUCCUGCUCACAGCUGACCGAUACAAAGCCCUGUGCCACCCCCUGCACCACCGGGUCACAUCGUCCCCUGGCCAGACCCGCCAGGCCAUUGGCGCUGUCCUCAGUGCGGCUCUGCUGACCGGCAUUCCUUUCUACUGGUGGCUGGAUGUGUGGAGGGAUGCAGACCUGCCUAGCGUGCUGGACGAGGUCCUCAAGUGGGCUCACUGCCUCCUCGUCUACUUCAUCCCCUGUGGCAUCUUCCUGGUCACCAACUCAGUCAUCAUCUUCCGACUGCGAAGGAGAGGCUGGAGCGGGCUGCGGCCUAGGGUGGGCAAGAGCACGGCCAUCCUGCUGGGUGUCACCUCGCUCUUCACCCUCCUUUGGGCCCCUCGGACCUUCGUCAUGCUCUACCACCUGUAUGUGGCCCCAGUCCACCGGGACUGGAGGGUGCAUCUGGCCUUGGAUGUGGCCAACAUGGUGGCCAUGCUCAACACAGUGGUCAACUUUGGCCUCUACUGCUUCUUCAGCAAGACCUUCCGGGCCACUGUCCACCAGGUGAUCCACAGUGUGCCCCUGCCCUGCACCCCAAGGUCACGGCUGAAAGGGGCAGUGGUGGACCCUGUGCUACUGAAGCCCUUAGGACUCUCCAGAAGGGCAGAACUAUAGAGGAGGGGCCGAGCCAGGGUGUUUGGGGGGCUCAGGGACACAUGUCCUGGGACCCUCAGGAUUGUGCCCAACGAAUCAGUGACCUCCUUCAGUGUCAUCUAGGGCUCCUUCGGGGCUGGCUCUCAGGUGGAGAGAACAAUUCGGCCAGCCCUUAGGUGAGCUUCACUUCCCACUUCCUGGGGAAGGGGCGGGGCCCUGCGGGCACAGGCUGGGGUAACAACCGCGGUGGGCGUCCUUCUGUGAGGGGUGUUGGGCUGGCACAGGCUCAGUGCUGCUUUUGGUUGAAUUAAUGAAAGAACAAAUGAAUGAAGUGAUGGACAGACAUGAACCAUCUUCAGCCCAGCCCCUUUCUUGG